CUCCCAAACCCCUACGACGCUUUUUCAGCACCUGCCCGCUCUGCGUCGUAUGCAUCCACGGCCUCGUCUCCAACACAUUCGGUAUCCCCCGGUGCCUCGAUUCCUGCGAGUGCAAUGAUCGGCACUUUUGCUACAGCUGCGGCCGGCAGCUCAAGCAACUCCCAGCCUGAGCGCCGGCCGUCUACGCUUCACACAGAUAUGACCCGACAUCAGAAGCAACUCGAGCUCGAACAUAGGAAGCGGAGUCUUGAUGCUCAAGAAGCACAGGACCCUCCUCCACAAUAUUCUUCUUGA